CAUUUCUUCCAUCAGACCCCCACCGUCGCCGCCGCCGCCGCCGCCGGCGAUGGAUCCACCCCCUCUCCCGCCUCUUUCCACAGCCACCGUCGCCACCGCUGCCAGCAUCCCCCUCUCCUACCCGGACUCCCUCGACUCCCCCCGAGACGGCGCCGUCGACGACGACCCCCUCCCGCCGAAGCUCCGCCUGAUGUGCAGCUUCGGCGGCCACAUCAUCCCCCGCCCCCAUGACAAGUCCCUCUGCUACGUCGGCGGCGAGACCCGCAUAGUGGUCGUGGACCGCCACUCCUCGCUUGCCGACCUGUCCGCCCGCCUCUCCCGCGCGCUCCUCCACGGCCGCCCCUUCGCCCUCAAGUACCAGCUCCCCACCGAGGACCUCGACUCCCUCAUCUCCGUCACCAACGACGAGGACCUCCUCAACAUGAUCGACGAGUACGACCGCGCCGCCUCCCCCUCCCCCUCACCCCUCCGCCCCUCCCGCCUCCGCCUCUUCCUCUUCUUCACCAAGCCCGAGACCGCCACAUCCAUGGGCACCCUCCUCGACGACUCCAAGUCCGAGACCUGGUUCGUCGACGCCCUCAACCACGCCGGCAUCCUCCCCCGUGGCCUCUCCGACUCGGCGACCGGCGUGGACUGCCUCGUCAACCUCGACCCCAACCACGACCCUCCGAACGAUCUCGAAGCCCAGAUCGAAGAUCACAACAACAGCACCAACACCAACGACAACAGCAAGCAAGUGAAGGCCGCGCAGGACGUGCAGUUCGCAAUGCCCGAUUCGCCGGUGGUGGAGAACUCCUCCUCCUCCCACGGAUCGUCAUCGUCCUCGCCUUCAAUGUCGAAUCUGCCCCCGAUAAGGGUCUCGGUCGAUCAGAGAACCGUCGGGAUUGACGACCAGUUCGCCCAAAUGAGCAUAGCCGCAAACCAUCUGUAUAGGCACGACGAUGGCUACGGGGCCUUCUCGGCUCUGGCACCGCCCUUCCCAAGUGGGAUCAUGGCGAGCGCCGCACUGAAUGCGGCGGCAAGCGCGAGCAUGGCGAAUCAAGCCAGCGGUUGUGGCGAGAACAUGAGCAACAGGGCUGUGUCGGAUGACGAGAGGUCGGAUCAAGGAGCGCCGCCUAUGGCAUUGCGGAAACCGCCACUGCCAAUGCUUCAGCCCGUGCAGGUUCAGCCGCUGCAACACAAGGCCUCGGCUGCUUACAAUUUGCCUUCUCCUGAUUCAGUCGCCAGCGAUAGCAGCAUUGCGUCUGCAAGCUCUCUCUCGAGGCCCAUGUACUACGAAGACCAGUCUCACGUUGAGCUCAAGGAACAGAGGAGGGGCCCUUUUAGCCCGACCCCGGGGACCGACCCUGCUGACCCGACCCCCCAAGCCCCUAUCCCGCAGGCGGCGGAUCCAAGCUACGCCCCAGCUCCACCUUCGGACCAUCUGCCUCCAUUGCCCCCACAGCCACCGCCACCGCAGCCACAACAGCAACAGUUUGUGCACAUGAGUACGCAUUACAUCCCGCACCCGGCCCAAAGCCAGAGCCCGGUCCUGGUCUCACCGUACUACCCGGUCUAUCAGAUGCAGUCGCAGCAGCAGCAGCUUCACCACCCGGUGUACGUGAUGCCCGACGGGUCGGUGGUGGGCCAGGCCAGGCCCUUGCCAACUUCUAGCCCGUCUUCAGCCCAACCGGCUGGCGGUUACAAAGACUUGACCGCGCCGAUCUAUCACGCUGCCAGGACCCCCGGCCAAGUGACGCCCGAGAUGGCAUCCAGCAUGUACAACUCAUACAUGGCCUCACAUCAGCCGCUGAUCCAAGUCCCGGCCGGGCAGUACCAGCGGCAACACGCGGGGAUGAUGGCGCAGAUCAAUCAGCAGCCCCAACCCGCAGGAGGGGCAAGCAACCAUGCGGCGUUCGACUACUCCUACUCCGCGCACGACCUGGCGUAUUACUCUCAGCAUCAGGCUUCUGCGCUGACCCCUCAGUACCAAAACUUGGCGAACGCCAGCACGGUAGCGGACCCUCCGAAGCAGCCUUCCGGCGACAACGCCUAAGCGACAAAUCAUGACAUUUCAACCACUUUGAACGCCACUGAAAAUUUGAAACAAACUAUGUCCACACAUUGUUGCUGCCUUGUGUUUGAACAAAUCAAUA